CCGUAGGCAGAGCUCUGAUCAGGCUUGUAGAUGGAGGUCGAGGUGUCUGCCGACUACUUCGGAUAAUUCGCUGAUAAAGCGUCGGAAUUGACUCGAGAAUUGUUCAUAUCUUUAAAUACUAUAGGCUUAUCAACCAGCCGUCACGCGACGUUGCAUAGCUGAUAAUCGCGAAGAAUUCAAUUUCAUUCAAGACGACGUUCCACACCAGCGAUCGACUGAUUAUGGCGUCAAGAGAAAAGGAUUUCGAGUUCAUCCGUGAACUUUUGUCGGAAAUGGUCCACAACCGUUGUUUCUGCGAAGUCGGUUCAAGAGAAUUCGUAGAGUUUGAUUCUGUGCGGGUGAAACCUCUAAGUUUUCCCGAUAAAAUACCAGUGAGUGAAAUAUACGCGGCUGAAGUCACCGUGCGUUUUUCCGGAGAGCCGAAAAUAUUUUCUAUCAUAAUAAAGCUGUUGCCCGAGGAAACGGAGGUCGCGAAUUCCUUGGAGCUUUUUCAAAACGAGGAAUUGUUUUACAGCAAAAUAGCGCCGAAAAUCGGUACCAAACAUUUAGCGAAGUGCUACGUGGCCGACAUGGGAAGAUACGGAAGACCCGUUAUCGUCCUUGAAAAUUUGAAAUCCCAAGGUUACAAGGAGGUUGAGAAAAAGCUCGACGAGGAACAUUUGACGCUAUGGAUAAAAGCCAUCGGAAGUUUUCACGGCAGAGGUUUGAGAUUGAAGAAUGAGAAUCCGGCGGAGUUCAGAGAGUUUUACGCGAAACUUCAGGAAGCUACUUUCAACGAGGAGAACAGAACGGACAUGCCGAAUGUAUUUUUGAAAACCGCUCCGUUCAGAGGGUUGAGGCAUUUGAAAUCCUUGAAAAAUCCAGAGGACGAACUCAUCGCCAAAAUUGAAUCGAGACUUGGAUCGAAUCCCUACGAAAUCACCAAGGAACUUGCCACGGAGGUGACAGAAUUUUCAACCCUUUGUCACGGUGACCUCAGCCGAAACCAUCUACUCUUCAAGUACGACGCAGAGAAUAAUCCCGUCGACCUCAAACUCAUUGAUUGGCAGACCAUGAGAUAUUGUCCCGUAGGAAUCGAUCUCGGUCCGAUUAUUUUUACAAACCUUGAAGCCGAGGGGAGGGUAGCCAAGGUCAACAGACUGUUGGACAUUUACGUGGAAAAUGUGGAAAACGAGUUUCCUAAUUUUUCGAAAGCCUCAUUGCGGAAGGACGUCGCUUCCAAGUUCCUUUUCGCUUACAACGUAGCCUCCUUUUGCAUUCCGUACGUCGACAAGGAUCUUCAGGUGAACCUAAAGAAAAGGGAAAAUUUGGAACAAUUUGUGGAAGCGGUCUGUUCGUUGGGCGGUGAAGAGGCCGACAAAGAGCUCGCAUCUGUUUUAUACGACCUCAAAGAACUUGGGACUUUCGAUUAGUGAAUUGUUAUUAUAAUGGAUGAAUUAUUACAUAAAAUUUGUUGGAAUGA